GAUGUAGUCCAGCUCAAGCAGCGCGCCGACGAUCGGCACCUUCGCGAACGAGCCGACCACCGGCUUCGGGUGCCCGAACGAGUACACCGGCGCCGCGCGCGCGCUGAUCGUCGGCGCGAAGCUGAUAUUUGCCGCGACCAAGUCCGCGCGGAACGCCGGGGUGCCGAAGUUCUGGCGCCACAGCAGCGUCGGCGCGUCGCCACCGACGAACGUGUAGUUCUCCGGCCCGGACUGGAAGUUGCCUGCGGUGUCGAUGAGCGCGGGCAGGCCGACGCCGAAGAUCAGGUCCGUGUUGUCGAGCACCGCGGCGUCCCUGAGCGACGCGGCGAGGCCGAGGUACGUCGCGUGCACGCGCUCCGCGCCGCUCGUCGCGUAGAUGAAGCCGGAGUAGACCGGGAACGUCUUGGCGUCGACGCCGUUGGGCGGCGUGAUCGUCGCGAUGAUCUUCUUCGUUUUGCCGGGCUUGAGCGUGAACGUGCUGUGCGUGUUGAACGAGACGCUCGCGUAGGCGGUCGACAGGGGCACCGGGCCGAGGGACGGGAAGAUGUCCGUCUGGGGUGGAACGAAUCAUCAGGGCUGUCCCGGCAGGAACAUGGCUGAGCGUGUAAUCCUUCUCCGUCUUCCCGUUGUUCGUCACAUAAAUGGGGAUCCUGCGAAAAGCGUCUCAGCCACACGAACGGACUGAGCACAAUCACAGGCCACGCACGGUCCAGCAAAGUGCGCCGUGUCGUUCAGGAGCAGCUCCGUCGGCGUGAUCGUCGUCUGCGUGAACAGCGCAUCAAACACCUGGAUCAGGCCCGCGCCCUGCUGCGUCACCGUCUGCAGCGGGCCGCUGUCGUCCUUGGUCGUGCCGAUCGGGGACGCCGUCGACUGGAACAGUGUCCGCGCGUUCUUGGCAACGGCCGCGUUUUUGCCCUUGUACGCGAGCAGCAGCGCCGAGCUGCCGGCCAGGAAGGGCGUCGCCAUCGACGUGCCCGAGUCCAGCUGCCAGCUGCCCAGAGGGACCGGCCACGUCGAGAGGAUGCUGCCACCAGGGGCCGUGAUCGCCGGCUGAUCCACGUCCAUAAGCUCGUGCUAUGUCGGUGUCGCAGCGCAGAACAUACCUUGAAG